UUUUGCUACUGACGUGGCUAACGCGGAGCUGUGACUUGUAGUCGUCAGGCAUUUAGUGGGAAAAUAAAGGUUUGAGUACAUACGAAGUUUAGAUCUCACAUUUUAUACGUUUCUUUUUUAAAUAUUCUGCUAUUUUCUUAGUGUUUGUUCCGCGCUUUAUAUUUCUAAAUUAAAUCUGCUUCGGUAAGAUGUUGGACUUCUUCGUUAUCUUCAGUAAAGGGGGUAUAGUGUUGUGGUGUUUUCAGGGGUCUGGGGUAACUGAAUCUUUUACAGGCCCAGUAAACACUCUCAUCCGCUCCGUAAUUCUUCAGGAACGUGCUGGGAACAGUCCUUUCUCCCAUAAUGCCUUGAAUCUUAAGUACAAGCUAGACAAUGAAUUUGAGCUUGUGUUUGUGGUGGGCUUUCAGAAAAUUCUGACACUAACAUAUGUGGACAAAUUAAUAGAUGAUGUCCAGCUGCAUUUCAGAGAUCGUUAUAAAAAUGAGCUGGAGGACCAGGAUGCCCUGAAAUUCUUGAACAGUCAUUUUGAGUUUGAUGAUGACUUUCACAAACUUUUGUGUAUGGUAGAGUCUGAAAGCAUAGCUAAACCCCAAAAGGUAAUGAGGACUUACAGUGAGUCCCAGAAAUCUCAGAAAACCGUGAAGUCCAUGAUUGAGACAAAAAGUGGAGACAAAAGCAAGGAGUUUACUAGCAAGAAGAAUAAAAAUAACAGGAAAGAAGCAGGAGCAGGAGGAGGGGAACAAGACAAGCCUAGCUCUAAGAAGGCUGUGGAGAAUCAAAAUCAGGGCCUGAGCCAGGAAGAGGUUAUUCAGAAGAACCUUGCUGAGUUCAUCCGCAGACAAGCAGGUGGACGAACAGAAAAGUCUAAUAAAUCCCCUAAACCCCAGAAGGCAAAAGGGAAGGAAAAAAGAGUUUGGGAUAUGGGUGGCACAAGCACCAAAGAUCUAGAUUACAGUGGUAUUAAUAACAGGAGAUAUGAUGACAAAGGGCAAGAUGAGGAAUUCCCAGCUGAAAUGCUAAUCCACGUGGGCUCUAUGAAGGGUGACCUGCGAGAUGUGGAGUAUGAGUCUUCUGAGGAUAUUGAUGAGGAAGAGGAGGCGCAAAAAGACAAGUUAGCGACUGUUGAUGCCAGCAGAAAACGAGACAGAAAAGGUGGUAUUGGUGGUAUGUUUGGAGUUCUGAAAGGUCUGGUUGGCUCAAAAACCCUGAAUCAUCAAGAUAUGGAACCUGUUUUGGAGAAGAUGAAAGAUCACCUAAUUGCUAAGAAUGUAGCAGCUGAUAUUGCUUCACAACUUUGUGAUUCUGUGGCCAGGAAACUGGAAGGGAAGGUCAUGGGAACUUUCACCACUGUGGCAUCUAUGGUAAAGCAGGCUUUGCAGGAUGCUCUGGUGCAAAUCUUGCAGCCAAAGCGAAGAGUAGACAUUCUGAGAGAUGUACUUGAGGCACAGGCUCAGCACAAGCCCUUCGUUAUUACUUUCUGUGGGGUCAAUGGAGUCGGCAAAUCCACCAAUCUUGCCAAGAUCUCAUACUGGCUAAUUGAAAAUGGCUUCUCGGUGCUGAUUGCUGCAUGUGACACAUUUCGUGCGGGUGCAGUGGAACAGCUGAGGACUCACCAACGACGAUUGAACUCUCUGCAUCCUCCACGGCAGCAGGGACACCCUGUUGUUCAGCUUUUUGAAAGGGGUUAUGGCAAGGAUGCUGCUGGCAUUGCAAUGGAAGCUAUUACUUAUGCUCGUAAUCAUGGGUUUGAUGUUGUGCUGGUGGACACAGCUGGACGCAUGCAGGAUAAUGCACCACUAAUGACUGCUCUGGCUAAGCUUAUUGCUGUAAAUUCUCCAGACUUGGUGCUUUUUGUAGGAGAGGCUUUGGUGGGAAAUGAGGCUGUGGACCAGCUGGUUAAGUUUAACCAGGCACUGGCUGAUCAUUCCAUGUCUGAUCAUCCAAGACUCAUAGAUGGCAUAGUUCUGACCAAGUUUGACACCAUUGAUGAUAAGGUUGGAGCUGCAAUUUCCAUGACCUACAUCACAAGUCAGCCGAUUGUGUUUGUGGGUACAGGACAAACCUAUAAUGACCUUCGCAGCCUCAAUGCCAGAGCUGUUGUGAAUGCGCUUAUGAAGGCUUAAGUUUUAAUAAAAUUAUGCGCAUGAAGAUGUUUAGUUGGAUUGACCAGGCAGUAGCCAUCACUUAUAGUGUUAAAGUCUUAAGAGUUUCAAAACUUGUAUUUCAGGUUUUACUUUAAAUUAUGAACAUACCUGUUUCUUCAGAAUCCACUGUAAAGCCUAAUUUAAGGGGAGGUAUUAAGAAUACUUCAAGGUGUUAGAUGUUUCAGUUAGGAGUAUUUACACUUCUGGAUUCAGUAAAUACUGAUUGACCAGUGCUUGAAAGUCUCAACACAGCUAAUGCUUGCAGCAUCUAUACUAAUGUGUUUAUUACAGCAUCAAAGCACAAAAAAAACAAUUAUUCUGGAAGUUUCUUCUAGAUACAACCACUAGUGCUACUGAACUCUGCCCAACGGUUGAAAUCAGAUACAAUAAAAUAAAUCAAACUGUA